UCGACUCAGUUCACAUUCAACCGUCGACCGGAGCGGAUGAUUUUAAUCGAAACUCGCGGGUACGGAUUCUUACGGUCGGGUUUAUCUUCUUUUCUCGGAAGGCCUUCCAGCCUCUCUAUUGUUAUCGAUAACAGGUGAAUUGAUUAAAAAGGGUAGGGCGGGUAAGUGUCGUAGCGUGGACAUUGCGGGACGAUGUCUGUCACGGCAGACUGACUGUGGGUCGGUCUCGCGGUGUACGUGUGCAAGCAAGCAAGGAUUCGAUCAAUUGUCAUCGUCAUACACAGCAGUCAGCUUUCCGUGUAAUUCCGGUGGCGCAAAACUGACUGGUGCCCCAGCCCCCGACGGGGUUAGCGGGUGUGGGCCAUCGGCAAUGAAGUUUCACCUGAGUUGGAAGUAUCAUGUCUGAUGGCACAGUAGAAAGGGCUUUUGCAGCCUAGCAGAGCAAACCGGAUGGUAUUUUAGGACGGAUGAACGAACGCAGGGAUAAUUUGCACAGCCUUCGUACGCCACCGGCUCCGGUUUGUGUGUGUGUAUGUGAUGGAGACGACGGAUAAGUGUGCACUGGGGCCGUUGUUUGACACCUUUCCCCAGGUGGACGGAUCCGGACGUGUGUCGCUGGUGAUUGAUUUGGCUUCGAUUCGGAAAGUGCGCUGUAAAUGAACUUUUCGACCCUGUUAAUUAAAACGAAAAAAAAAAAAACAGUAUUUGAUGCUUCGUCUUGACUGGCGCCACAGCGACUUUGGCGCGUUGUCAAUGAAAUCGAGAGGUGAGCUUCGUUCGAUGGAAUCACGCGCGGUCCUCCGCAAUUUUUGAGCAUCAACGUCAUCAUAUUCAUCACCAUCGCAGUUUUAUCAGUGCUACAUAGUGUGUGGGGUAGUAACGGAAAAUGCGAGAACCGAACGCAGAAAUUAGUACAAUCGGAGCGACGACGGUCGCCGCCGGAGGUGCAGCAGGCUAUAAAUAGACGAAGAUGACGUUGACAAAGAAAUAAGGAACCAUUCGCCGCCGGUCGGGACGUGCAAAGUAGAGCGGAGAAGAGUAAAUAAGUUUUUGGGCAGCCUUUGGCCGUUGGCCGUCCGUCGUUGUUUUUAUUUCGUUGGUUGCUUGUUUGACAAUAGUGCGAAGCAAAGCCACGCUAGAAUGGCACAAUGUGACGUACGUGACCGUGAUGAGUUGUAAUUUUGGUCUCCCGAGAAAAGGUUCAAAGCCCGGGAGGUAGAGUGUGAUGUGAUGUGAGAGUGAGGAAAAAUUACGUCGCCCUUCUACGUCAGGAAAAUGGGACACAAACUUGUGUGUCCCUUGCGCUAGGCGGGCGUAGGUGAAACAGAAACCACUUGUUGUUAGUUACGGCCACAACCGGCAGAUGGGAUGCCGUCACUAGUAGAUGUGAUCCCGAAAUUGGAACCGUGUUUUUGAGAAUUGCUUGUGGAAGGAGAACAACUUGCGGCGGAAAAUUCUGUAAGUGGUUUCUUAGCAUUUCGACCGGGUCUAACUACUAGUAGCCGUUCACGGGGGUGAAAAACGUCACAAAGAAGAGAGAGAGAGAGAGAGAGAGUCGGCAGCCCGAAAGACUUGUUCCUCUCCAACAUGGUGCCCUUUCCGGGCUGUUCCGUUGCGAAAAAGGUGAAAAAUUCCAUCCCAUCACCGGCCGAUGGCGGAUGGAGCCGCCGACAAAACCUCGUCGGUGGCCGGCGAUAAAACGCGGGAAAAUUAAUUACGAAGUGUGCUCAGAAAUUGCCGCCGCUGCAGCCGCCGCCGUGCAGCAAUAAGGGGAAAGAAUCUGACCGUGAUUCUCAUCGUUUUUUUUCCGCGCUCGCACGCUCACCCCCCGCUGCUGCGCCGCGGUCGAAGUUUUGGCGGUGUGCCGCCACAAGGCAGGUGUUUGUUUUGUUUUCGGCUGGGUGUAAUUAAAAUUGAAACGUAAAUAUUGAUAGUUUGGGUAGGGCGAGAGCGGAAACAAAAGGAAAGAGGGAAAGUUGAAAGGAGCGAAAACUGUUGUUUAUUGUGGUACAAGUGUGCGCACGGGAAGAGAGAGAGAAAAGAAGAAAUUGCUCAAUCAAAAUUUCAAUAGAAUCAUUAAAUCAUUCGGUGUGCAGCAGCAGCGUACAAGCGGAAUCGUUGCUGAAUAAUUCAUACAUUAAUUUGCGGCAAUACGACGUCGGGAUCGAUCCGCCUAGCAGUCGCAGUCACUCAGAACUCGGGGAGGCGUGCGAGGCGCUCUAAAAUGCUGUUGGACUACUCGCUAAAGUUAUGGUGAUGCAGACGACAACUGUAUUGUGCCAAGGACAGCCUCCACCGCCGCCGCCGCGAAAAACAGUAAACCACUUUAAAAGCAAACACAGCAGAUUAGAAACCACCCGAUCCGCGAGGGCCAGGAGUUUCCACCGGACAUCCACGGUCAGUGGCUGCGUCGUUGUACGCUUGGAACCAUGGAGGAGCUGUCAGAGUGCGCGUCGUUUUUGCGGCCAGUAUAGCUCCCCAGUUGGACUAUCGUCUACGCCGUUGUCGCCGCCGUCGCUUCUACAGCAGCAGCCGCAGCAGCACCAACAGCAGGACGGCCGCCGACACCGAGGGAGUAGCGAUUCACACUGUUCCCCCACGGCACUAUGCACCGCCUGCGGAACACCUUCACUAGAUCACGGACCCCGACUGGCGCGGAGAUGAAAACACAGAGCAGCCUGGAAGUGCCCAAACAGGUUCGCUCAGCAUCGUUUGACGAAAUCCAGCUCGAAGCUCAGCGCGCAAACCAGUUCCUCAAAGUACAGCAAACCUCGACGGACGAUCCCUCUUCGGGACAGCUGCUACAGGUACCCCAGGUUAGUGGGCAGCGUUCGCGCAGCUUCGAUCUCACCGGUGCCGUCGAAGACUCCCAAGCUGCCGUAGCGGCGGCCUUUCUGGACGUGCCAAAGCGCUUCCAACGGAGAAAAUCAAGCUCAAAAACACCACCACCCUGCAUUCACUGUCUGUACCUUGAGGAGUAUCGUCGGAUUACGGGAGUCGAACAGCGCCAGUAUUACGACAGUGGUGAAUUACAAGCGUUCAGUUAUAGUUCUUCCUCGUCGAGCAGCAGUGGCGAAGAGGCGGUCGAGGAAGAGGACGACUACGAAGAAUACGACGACGAUCAGGAUUACGGGUUCAGUUGCAGCAUAGCAUGCAACACUUUGCUGCCACCGCCGAUCGUGUCCCCCUGUGGGAUCACCUUUACCCUUUCGCCAACCAACGGAGAUGACCCGGAGGAAGACUUUGGAGAUCUGGUGGCACCGGAGGUGGACUGUACGGGUCCCGUCCUGCCGCCACCUCCAAUGUUCGAUACCAGCUAUCCGGUGCUCCCCUCGCUUCCACUCGGUUCGCCUCCACCGAUCGUAGCUCUACCGCUCGGUUCACCACCUCCGGUCACCUCAUUUAGCUCCUAUUUUCCUCCGUCCCCGACAAUCGAAGUGCCUCCCAGUUCACCCGCGGUGGACGAUGCCACCUUUAGCGGCGUUGGUGGUCCAACGCGUACCCGCCGAAGGUCGAUUUCCCGCCAGGAAGCGAUCUUUGUCGAACCUACCGGUGCCUCGCUGGAAAAUGUUUCCUCCACCGAGCUGCCCCUUGACAUUCCGAUCAUCGCGCAUCCCGAUGACGAUGAAGCCUCCUCGUCGAAGCCCAUUUCCUCCGAUGACAACGAAGACAACAAACAACCACCGGAAGCGACAACGGCUGCGGCACACAACGACAAUCAUCCGCCGUCGGCGGCGGCGACCGACUUCGUGCGGGACAUCUACCUGCAGGUGCCGGACCUGAAGCGGGAUCGGGCCGCGUCGGUCGAUUCCUGCUUCACCAAGGUGACCGGUGCCAAAACGGAAGAACUGAAACCACCGGAGGGGGAGCUGACGCUACUGACGGUGCCCGGUAGCGGAGCGAUCCGAUCCCGGUCGGUGGACAUUGUGCUGCCGACCGAGGAGCAGGCCCGCUACAAGGCACUGGCCCUUGCCGGGACGGCGGCCACCGGUGCCGUUAGCCAUGGUGCCAGAGGAUUGUUCUCCUUUUUUUCUCCGAAAUCCAGUGCGGACCCGCACGGACGGCAGAUCCGGUGUACACCGGAUUGGAGCGAAAAUGCUGUCUCCGGAGAUCAUUUAUGGGUGGCCACAUCCGUGUCCGGUGAUUGCUGCUACUUGGGUGAUAAUGACUGCACGAAACACGGUCCCCGGAUGAAGUGUUCCGCGUGCAAAAUAAUUGCCCACGCCAGCUGCAUCUCGGCGCUGAUGGAGCGAACCCAGCUGCAGUGCAAACCGACCUUCCGGGACGUUGGCGUGCGGCAGUACCGGGAGCAGACGAAAACCACACACCACUGGAUCCACCGGCGGACCGAGAAGGGCAAGUGCAAGCAGUGCGGAAAGUCCCUACAAGCGAAGCUCUCGUUUAGUUCUAAGGAAAUUGUUGCUUUAUCAUGUGCCUGGUGUAAAUCAUCAUAUCAUAACAAGGAAGCAUGCUUCAACCCGGAACGGAUCGGCGAGGAGUGCACCCUUGGCACCCACCGGAGUAUCGUUGUGCCACCGUCCUGGAUCGUGAAGCUGCCCCGCAAGGGAAGCUUCAAGUCGUCGCUUCGGAAAACACCCCAAAAGAAGAAGAAGACUGGCAAAAAGGCGUCGGUUUCGAAGGAACCGCGAACCUUUGUGAUCAAGCCCAUUCCGACGGCAAACGUCACGCCGGUGCUGGUUUUUAUCAAUCCGAAAUCCGGCGGUAAUCAGGGUGCCAAAUUGUUGCAAAAGUUCCAGUGGCUGCUAAAUCCUCGGCAGGUAUUCGACCUGACGCAAGGUGGACCAAAGAUGGGAUUGGAAAUGUUUCGCAAAGUGCCACAGCUCCGGGUGCUGGCCUGCGGUGGCGACGGAACUGUUGGCUGGGUCCUUUCGGUGCUCGACCAGAUCAACUUUAUACCGCCACCGGCGGUCGGAGUGUUGCCACUCGGUACCGGCAACGAUCUGGCUCGGGCGCUCGGCUGGGGUGGUGGCUACACGGACGAACCGAUUGGGAAAAUUCUGGCCAACAUCGGUAACUCCGAUACGGUGCUGCUCGAUCGAUGGAACCUCAAAGUGGACCCGAAUCCGGCCGUCGCGAACGCUGACGAUGGCAAGGACAAUUUGCCGCUGAACGUGGUGAACAAUUACUUCUCGCUUGGCGUCGACGCUCACAUCGCGCUGGAGUUUCACGAGGCCAGAGAGGCGCAUCCGGAAAAGUUUAACUCCCGACUGCGGAACAAAAUGUUCUACGGUCAGAUGGGUGGUAAGGAUUUGCUGAAACGUAAGUGGAAGGGACUGGCGGAGUUUGUUACGCUGGAGUGCGACGGCAAGGAUCUCACAUCGAAGCUGAAGGAGCACAAGGUGCACGCGAUAGUAUUUCUGAACAUUCCAAGCUACGGUGGCGGCACCCACCCGUGGAACAAAUCCGGUGGCCAGUACGAUCCGGCCACCGACGAUGGGCUAAUCGAAGUUGUAGGACUAACCACCUAUCAAUUACCGCUGCUGCAGGCCGGCGGCCAUGGGACGUGCAUUGCCCAGUGCAAAUCGGCCAAGAUUGUCACCUCGAAGACGAUCCCGAUGCAGGUUGACGGCGAAGCGUGCAAGCUGAAGCCGUCCAUCAUCGAACUGACCCUACUGAACAAGGCUGUGAUGCUGGCGAAACGGAAACCCGGAAGGGCGAACGUGCCACAAGAAAAACUGGAAUCUCUCAACAUUACCCUUAUGAAGAUCAUGAUGUACGACUACGAGCAGAACCACUACGAUAAGGAUUUGCUGAAGCAGUCGGCCGUCAAUCUGGGCACGCUGGAUGUGCCCGUAACGGAUCUCGAGCAAGUUCGAGUUCUGAUCAACAAAUACUGCGAGGAGCAACCGGACAGUCCGAAGUUGUCCCCGGAUUGGUGCUUUAUCGAUUCUUGCACGGCGGAACGAUUCUUCCGGGUGGACCGAGCGCAGGAGAAUCUCCACUUUAUCACCGACAUCGCCACGGACUGUAUCUUUGUGUUGGACCAGGAAUGUGCAACACUACCGCAAACGCCCGAGGAUGAGAACGCGAUGCGCGCCAUUCCGCCCCACCUGAGUAGCAGCUUGGAGUCAAGCGAUCGGGACUCCAGGGAUGGAACACCACAGUCACCGGGUGUGAAGUUCUUCAACCGGUCACUGUCAGGACCGGGCUCGGGUACCCUAUCGCCGGCACUAGACAUUCCAUCGCGGAAAAGUUCGCAAGGUUCCCAAGGCUCGCGGGGGAGUCCAAAGGACGUCGGUUCGGGAUCUGGUGGCGGUCUCGGUAAUGGCCAGAGUCUCGAUCAACUAGUCAACUUCAAAAGCUUCCACGAGCGAUUGUUCGGCUUGAAUGAAGACGCCUUCGGAUUCAGCAAUCUGCUGGAGAAGACAACGGAUGCGGUAAUCAAGGCUGCUAAAACCGGCGAUUUAGUGAUGCUAAAAGAUCUCCACAUGCAGGGCUUCUCGCUGCUAUCGAUCGAUUCCGGGGGUCAGACGGCGCUGCACUACGCGGCACGCUACGGCCACAAGGACAUCGUGCGAUAUUUGAUCUCGUACGCGCCCAACACCAUCGUUAACAUGAUCGACAACGAAACUGGCCAGACGGCCCUCCACAAGGCAGCCAGCGGUAAGCGACGCAGCAUCUGCUACAUGCUGGUGGCAGCCGGUGCCAGUCUUAUUAUUCAGGACAACAACGGACGGACGCCUCGGCUGCUGGCCCUGGAAGCCGAGGACCGUGAGCUGGCUGCCUAUCUCGAGAAUCAAGAGCAAUUCCAGCUGGCCGAUUACCAGAGCAGUGCGUGAUCUUCGUCCGCCGCCUCCGGCGGAAGAGCUGCUAACAUCAACCGUCGUCGAUGCUGAUAAGCGGAAGUCGCUAGCCACCAUCCCCACCAACACCGAGUUCAGCUGUCCUUUUUAUUAUUUAUUGCUAUUUAUAGAAUCGUAUUAUUGCAUCCGGUUUGAAAAAUUAUAAAGAUGAUUUAAAUUUGUUACACACAGCUUCUUCGGUUCGUUUCGAGCGAACCAGAGCGGAGGAGAAAGAAGGAGAAAAAUGUUCUCAUUUAUUAUCUCCUCACUUCUAGUCAGAAUAUUUUAACGAAUGGUUUAACAUUAAUAACCAGCUGGCGCACGAAGGCGCCUGCAGGCUUGAGUUUCUGUCAUAACGAUCAAAGCGACAGGGCAACCGGCCAGGAGGACCUCUAUAUUUAAAAUAGUAGAAACGAUUUUCAAUCGUGACGGCAAGAAUCUCAAAACGCAAAGCGGUUAGACGAGCGAAUAUUAUUCAUUGCGUCGGGAUUUGUCAGAUGUGGAUGGUUUGUUGGCUGCAAUCUGGCGCUUAGCGCCGAAACGAAUCUGGAGCCCAGCAAAAAUAGAAUACAUAUCAAAAAGCUUAGUUUCUCCUAACAUCAUCAUCAUCGUCAUCAUCUUCAACAGAGUUUAGAUAGUUUUUUCAAAGUCUCAAUAAAUAAUAAUAAGUAGUGAAAUCAAUAGCGGAGAAAGAAAGCAGCGAGCAAAAAGUAGUUAGAUUUUUCCAAAGUUCAUUACAACAGCUGUAAAUAGAUUGUUCUCUCUUCCAUGAAUCGAUGAAUUUCUUAGAAGGUAGAAGAUGAAAAAACCAUUAUUGAAAGCAAAUCUUAGCAAAAAAGGCCAAUUUAGCACCCACUUGGAUUACAGUGAAACCUUGUUACAAGGUUUUCACUGAAAUCAUAGUAGAAUUUGGGUGAAAUACCUUUGAAACAAAAACGUUGAAAGUGUGAACUGAACUGCUGAACUGAAAGUCAGAAACCAAUACAACACUUAAGACAAUGGAGGCUCAUCUCAUACAAAAUGAAAUGGAAAAACCCCGUUCAAGGCAAAUAAAACUAGAAAAAAUGCGCGGUUAUUCUGCGAAAGUUUAACCAAAUGCUGUCACUGCUUGCGAAUGAAAGCUGUGAGAGUGCGUUCACGAAUGAGUGGUGAGUGAGAACGAAUAAAAACAAUGGUAGUAGGCAUGUGUGCUGUGCGAUUAUAUUAAAGCUGUCAUUUUGUAAGUUUUGUUUAUGUCUCGUGAAAAUGGAAGAACUGAAAACUAGAGUGAAAUUAAGUUUCCCACCUGGUGUGAACGGGAGUGAGCAUGGCUUGUUCGUUUUUCGCGAGUGAGAGAGGAAGCAGCAGAAAAAAAAACUGAUGUCAAUUAUUACAAUAUAAUUCGUAAGAUUAGCUUAGCUGGUGGUGUAGGACGAUCAUUCAACAAGGUAAAUUUAGAACUCUAAAACAGUAGACUAGCAAAACAAACAAAAAAUCAACUGAAAUAAGAUACAAUGAGAAGCAUUACCGAAAUACUUGAAAUGUGAUUUCCCUGUGAAGCAAAUUAUUUAGAACUUUGUCGUAAAUGAGUAAACUUUGUACAUUCUUGCGCGUAUGGGCGGCUGUAUAUAAAUAAUUAUUUGAUAAGAGUAGAGUUUAAGCUAUCGAAAAAAGGAAAUUUUCGUGCUGUUUUUUCCGUAGAAUUCGCACCUCAUGCCGCCUAGCGAGAGAGUCGUUCUGUACAGUUGCAGAGACACAAGUCUCAAAACCUAACCUCGAGCUCUCCGUCUUUGCGAAAUAUUCUUUUGGCAGGGACGGAUCCCACGACUCUUCCUGUUCAUGGGCUGCUGAGUAGCGAAAAAAAAUUCCUCCGGAAAAAAUAGUGGACCAAAAUUUCGAACCAAUUAAAAUCGGACCAAUAGUUUGAAGGAAAGUCUUCGUGCCCCUAGACUUUGCAUUCGAACUAUUCCUCCAUUGCUAGAGAUAUUUUCGCUCAGCCUUCCGCCACCCUCCCCCUCGGAUAACGGUGAACUUUCCCGACUCGUCUUGCUCUAUUCAAAGGGUAGACGGGCCAACCAAAAGUUCGCACAUUUUCCAUGAUGGACCAAUCCGAGAAUUGAACUGUUCUGUUUUUUGGAAUAAUUCAUAAUUCAGUCUUGUUCAGAGUAAUAAUAGCAAGUAAUGAUAUUAUGAGACGAUAAUAAGACGAGAUAAAACGCCUUCUUUUGCGUCUCAAAGAGUUAGGACCCCCCAUCAAAAGGGUUUCCGAGCAAAUGUGUGAUACGCGCCAAAAACACAGUAUAUAUUGUAUAUAGUGUAAUGCAACUAUUUCCUAGUGUAAAAGCAAAAAAAAAGCUAAUGACAAUCGCAAACCGACCGUUCGUUGUUUCGGUCAAAAUCUCAGUCUCAGCAAAUUCCAUCGUGUUUCGAUCAUCUCUCACACACAUACACAUAAGCAUCCACAAGCAGUCAUUGUUAUUUUUUAGUUGAUUUUUUCUUCCUCAAGAUAGCAGCACAGUGGAUAAAGAACGAGCGAAAAAAUGAUUGUCAUUUGGUAAUCGUCAGAAAAAGUAAUCCGACAUAUAUUAUUAUGUCUGCAAUGGCAAGGAAAAAUUUUUUUUUCAUAUAAUCACCUGACUGAUCGUUUCCAAAAUGGCGACCAUUUUUUCGGGCAGUUUUUGUGAACUGCAAAUUACAGCAAGCGACGAAAAAACGUCACAUCUGACAAAUCCUCGACAGUUAGCUUGAAAACGAAAACAAAAAAAACUGACAGCUCGCAAACCGCAAAUCCAAAACUCUAAAACAUGACUCUAAAACCAAUAUAAAACAAAAAAUGUGAUCUCCUAGACGUGAAUGUUAUUUCUUCCUAAAAAUUAAAUUUAAGCGGUGAUAUGGGCUGCUCACAGAAAAACAAACAUCUGACAGUCGCCGCCCCUCCCUGUACAUAACCUUUAAAAAGAGUACCAAAAAAAAAAAAAAAGAUUUGUAAGCACGUUUUUUGAACCUAAAAAAAUCAACAUCAAUCUGUUUCUGAGAAAAUUAAAUCAAUCAAUACUCAUCGAUUUACCGCCAACCUUGUUUUUCCUCUAAAUCAUGCAAAAACCGGUUUAAAAUCCUGCACCCUUCAAUGGGGGGUGCUUCACCAUGCACGGCAAAUUAUUCAACAAUUAAAACCAAAAAAAAAAAAACAAAAGAGGAUACACAAAACAACACAACAAAUAUUGCUAGUAUUUUAGGAAAGUUACACAAUUGAGAAGAUUUAAGCAAACCUACUAAGCAAAAAAAAAAACUAUUUAGUGUAAAGAGCUAGGAUAAAGGGUCCAAAAACCGUAGUUGAAGUUCAGUUCUUUUUCACCCGAUAAAAGCCUAGUGUAAGAUCAACUGGAGUUGAUUGCAAUCAAUCUCAAACAGAAAUUUCGUUCUUAAUCGAUAAUAAAAAUAACAACAACCACAACAACAAAAAAUACACAGAGAAAAAUGUCAAAUCUAUUUUUGGGACUAUCAUAUUUUGUACUAAAUCGUUCUUUAAAGUAAAAAAAAGGGGAAAUGCACUAAGAAAGCACCUCCUCACUCCUAACAGACCAAUCAGCAGUUAUUCAUCCCAUCAAUUCUUCUCUCUUCGUUUAUAAUUUUUUUUCUACCUCCCCCUGGGGGAGUCUAAGCAACUAUUUAAAAAAUACUGCUCUGAUGCAGAGGCGAAUCGAAAUGAGAAAACAAAAACAUUCCAAUCUAUACUAUACAUACACACCUAGGAUAAUCUGUUAAUUGUUGAUCAACUGUUUUUAACUUAUUUAUUGAACACGAAUCCCUAUCCCUCCUCUUCCUUCCCAUGUUAGCCACCAAGAGCACUAAUUGUAGGUAAGAUUUUUUGAUCGGUUUUCACAAACACACUCUCACAUCCAGGAGGUAAUAUGUAGUGGAAUUCUGCGAAUAUAGGCAAUAGACUAUUUAUUUUAACUUGUUAAUCCCUUUUUACGGUUUAGAAACACACAAACACACGCCCCACUCACACUGAUAGCCUUUUUCCGAAGGAUUUUUUUCCACUCUAGCGGAAUGAAAUUAGUCAAACUAUUUACCUAUUAAAUAUAGAACUAGGGUCUUGAUUGUUCGGGUCAGACCUGUUGUAGGAAAGCACCCUUGUACCUUACGGCUGUAAAUUUUCUGUUUUAAAUUAAUUUAUUCAAUAGAAGAAAGAGAAAACAAGCGUAGGUAACAGUCGUGAAUUUUUUGUUCCCAUAAAAUGGAGAGUAAAAAAAAAGUUUAGAAACACACACCCACACAGUCACAGUAUGUCAUGCGACGAACUUUGAAAAAAAAAUACAUGCACUGCUGGAAAGCUGGCGUAACGAAACAAAGCAAGUAAACUCUCGUGACAGAAGAAGAAAAAUCAAGGCCAACAUCGAGACAACACAGCAACAAAAAACUGUUACUAUUACUGCUAUUAUUAAUACUAUUACAACUACUGCAACUACUACUACUACCACUACUAUUGUAUCAGAUAAAUAAAUAGUGUAAUCUCUUGAAUCUUACUAA